GCGGCUGAGAAGUGGGCAGGGGGGCGAGGACGGGGGCGCAUUCGAAGCGCAGCUGUAGAGCUGAAGGUCCAUAACUUUGUCCAUCUUCUUCCUUCGGGGAAGAGGAAGAAGGGAACUUAUCGUAGAGUUGAUGAACUUUGCACAUCCAUAGAAACGCCAUUUUGAAUUUGAUUCCUCUCUCUCUCUCUCUCUUCCCCCCCCCCUUCUCCCUCCGGAACAAACUUCGUUUUUCUCUCUUCGCCGUCUCCCUCUCUUUUUCCUUCCACCUAUUUUCUCCCCUCCCUCCAUUGUUAUUAUUUUUUUAAAAAAACGAACCCACCACUCGAUCGCACCAUCGCCAGUCCAGCUUUCCAUCAUGGCUCGACCCAAGCAGCCCAGUUUGGAGCAAGUCAAACUAGACUGCUGGUACUGGAAAAAAAAUUCCACUUGUGAUCUUGCAGAAGAUUUCUGAAGGGCUCUGUAUGGACCUGCUAGGGAAGGUUACCCACUCCAGCCCCAGAAGAAAGUUAGGACAGAAGUCUUUGGUGAAGCUAUCUCCCAAAUAUGAAGUGCUUUUCUGAAGAGCAGUUUGAAGUUUAGAAAGGGCAGUUUUUGUACUAAUCUUCCAUUUGUGCUGACAUCAUCAGGACUCAGUUUACACCAGCAACUCAGAAUUCACAUUUUAAAGAGAACAUACUCCAAAUCUUAAGCAGUUGUACAGCAGCACCAAGAUUCUCAACUGUUUUGAAGGUGUGGAUUUGCCCUCUCUUGACACAGCAAUGGCAGCAGUUAUGAGCUUAGGAAAGAUAGCUGAAAAUGGCAGUAUGGCAUCUCAAAAUGUCAAGUCCCCAUCAAAAUCUCUUACUCCUACUCGGAUUGGCAGAAGAAACCAGGAAACAAAAGAUGACAAGUCUUCCUAUACCUGCCCUCUGUGUGAAAAGAUUUGCACUACCCAACACCAGCUGACUAUGCAUAUUCGUCAGCAUAACACUGACACUGGAGGAACAGACCAUUCCUGCAGCAUCUGUGGAAAGUCUCUGAGCUCUGCAAGCUCCCUCGAUCGCCACAUGCUAGUGCAUUCUGGGGAGAGGCCUUAUAAAUGCUCAGUAUGUGAUCAAUCGUUCACCACCAAUGGAAACAUGCACAGACAUAUGAAAAUCCAUGAGAAGGAUGCAACUGGCGCUACAAGCACAACUCCUGCCUCUCCAUUGAAACGCAGGCGCUUGUCCACCAAACGAAAAUUCAGUCAUGAGGCUGAGGCCGACAAGGAAGAGCAGAGUCCAGCAAAAAAGGUUGUGGAGGAACCACAAAAUGGUGAAACUGAAAAAAGGGCUGAUGAAAUUUAUCGAUGUCCAGUGUGUUUCAAAGAAUUCUCUUGCAAGUAUGGGCUAGAAACCCACAUGGAAGUACAUCCAGAUACCUCACUGAGGUGUGAUGUCUGCUGUAUUACCUUUCGCACACACCGGGGGUUGUUGCGGCAUAAUGCAGUUAUUCAUAAACAACUUCCAAAGGACUCAACUGGAAAGCCUUAUAUUCAGAACAACCCUUCGAUUCCUGCCGGCUUCUAUGAUUUGGGCUUCACAGACUUUUCUUGUAGGAAAUUUCCUCGCAUUUCUCAGGUUUGGUGUGAGACGAACCUGCGGAGAUGCACCAGUGAUUAUCAUCGCUAUAUCUGUGAGGUAUGCAACAAGGCAUUCCCAAUGCUCUCAGCACUCAAGCUGCACAAAGACACCCAUGCCACUGAUCAUGAAAGAAACGUGCGCAACCUGCAGUCAGAGGACGCAGACCUAAAAGCUUACAUGGCAUCCUUGGGGCUGCAGCAUACCAAAGACAUUGAAUCUGUCAAGCAGGAGGCGCUCGUGCCAGAUGAUGAGGUCCAAGAAAUGCAGCUACGAACACUGAAAUGUAACCUACCUCAGGAACCAGGAAGCGAUAACCAGUUGAACAUAUCCCCUCUGGAGGCUGCUUCUGUGGGAGGCCCCUUUUCAGUCCUUCCCCCUACAAAAGAAAAUAUGAAGCUACUCUCACUACAGCCUUUCCAGAAAGGCUUCAUAAUCCAGCCUGACAAUAGCAUUGUUGUUAAACCCAUUUCGGGUGAAUUAGCAGAUAUCCAGCAGAUCCUAAAGAUGGCUUCCUCAGCGACUCCACAGAUCAGCCUUCCACCACUGCCUAAGGCAUCGCAUAUCCCCAUCCCAUCCAUAUUCAAACAUAUGCCUCCACUGAAGCCAAAGCCAUUGGUAGCCCCCAGGACGGUUGUAGCAAGUUCAACACCACCUCCAUUGGUCAACACUCAGCAGGCUUCUCCAGGAUGCAUCAGCCCAAGCCUUCCUCCAGUACCACCCAAAAUGGUCAAAACCUCUGACCAAGAAUCAACUGCAGAUUCUUCUGUCACACACAGUAAAUCCAGAACAAACUCCAGCCCUUCUCCCCAGGCUAAGCCAGAAUCUUUGGGUCAACAUGAAAUGAAAACUCAGCUGGAGCAAGACAGCAUCAUAGAAGCCCUUUUGCCUUUGACAAUGGAGACAAAAAUAAAACAAGAGGUGACCGAGCGGGACUUCAAGGCCAUCAUGAUUGGAACCGCAAACAAGAAGACCCCAGCUAUGAGGAAAGUUUUGUAUCCGUGCCGUUUUUGUGAGCAGGUGUUCCCCUUCUCUGGAGUCUUAAGAGCUCAUAUCCGUUCUCACUUGGGCAUCUCCCCUUAUCAGUGUAACAUCUGUGACUACAUUGCAGCCGACAAGGCAGCACUGAUCCGGCACUUGAGGACGCACAGUGGGGAGAGGCCAUACAUCUGCAAGAUCUGCCACUACCCUUUCACAGUGAAAGCCAACUGUGAAAGGCACCUGCGCAAGAAACACCUCAAAACAACCAGAAAGGACAUAGAGAAGAAUAUUGAGUACGUGGCCAGCAAUGCAGCUGAGAUGGUAGAUGCUUUCUGCUCCCCAGACACAGUGUGCAAAUUCUGUGGGGAGGACCUUAAGCAUUAUCGUGCCCUCCGUGUCCACAUGAGGACACACAGCAGCUGCCAAAAGAAGAAGCCAUUUGAAUGUAAGGAGUGCGGCACGGCCUUCUCAGCCAAGCGGAACUGCAUUCAUCAUAUCCUCAAGCAGCAUUUGGACAUCCAGGAACGGGAGAUAGAGAGCUAUGUGCUGGCCGUGGACUGCACUCCUCCAGAAAGCCAGCCUGACCCUGUGUUACUGGAAGAAAGCACUUAUCUGGAUUGCAAAUCUGUGUCACCUUUCCUGGAAUCGCAGAAUGGCUUUUUAAGGGGGGCUCCCGCUCAUGCAUCGAUCAAACUUGAAACUGCAAAUAACUUCCCAAUGGAUUUUGAUGAGCCUUUAGAUUUCUCGCAAAAGAACAAAAACCUGAAUUCUGUACUGGUCAAGCAAGAGAACCCGUUUGGGUCCUCUCUCUACGACAGCUCCAUGGAGCCCAUUGAUCUAUCAAUUCCCAAGGCUCCAAAAAAGGACAGUGAUGAUAGUAGCAUGAGUGAAGAUAAGAAGCAAGAGCUCCAUGACGAGAAACUCCAGGACUGUCAACUGUCUCCUCCAGCUAACGGCAAUCUGGAAAACACAGCUCUCAGACAUUCCCAACCACUGAAGGGACCACUUCAUUUGACCGUCCCAAUAAUUUCUCCAGGUGUCUUGGGGAACUCGGUUUUGUUGAGGCCUUUGAGGCCCAAACCACCGCUUCUCUUGCCAAAACCUCACGCAACGAAAGAGCUGCCACCCCUUGCUUCCAUUGCACAGAUUAUUUCAUCUGUGGCUUCUGCGCCUGCUUUACUCAAAGCAGAAGGCGCAGACUCUGUCCCCAAGGUAGCCAUUGGCAGCUCCACCAGCUCUGAAAAGUUAGGAAAUCCCAGUCCUAAAACAACUACCCUAGCCACUGUCCAGACGGAUACCAACACCCCCAGUGACCUAACGAAGAGCACCAGCAGUCCAACGGGGUCCCAGAAAUCCUCCACGUCUGGAUCAGUAAAGAAAAGAGGCAGAAAGAAAGGCACAAAAAACAAGCCAAAAGCAAGCAGCGGUCUGGACUUGGAAUCAAGUGGGGAGUUUGCCAGCAUAGAGAAAAUGCUGGCAACCACAGACACCAAUAAAUUUAGCACAUUUCUACAAUCAACUGCAGACUUUAAAGAAGCGGCUGAUAAAAACGGAGCUAGCGAGGAAGAGAGAGAGGCUGUUGAAGACAAACUCCUCCUGCGUGGAAAGCGAAAUGCCUAUUCAAAUUGCAUUCAGAAAAUCAAGUGCCCCCACUGCCCUAGAGUUUUCCCCUGGGCAAGUUCUUUGCAGCGGCACAUGCUCACUCAUACAGGUCAGAAGCCCUUCCCUUGUCAAAAAUGUGAUGCCUUCUUUUCUACCAAAUCUAACUGUGAACGCCACCUCUUACGCAAACACGGAGUUGCCAACUACUGUCUGAGAAGAAACGGGCUUAUCCCCCAGUCUAAAGAAAGUGAUGCUGGAGCUCAUGAUAGCACAGAUAGUCAGUCUGAUCAAGAAAAUACAAGUGCGGGAAAUGAAGCACUCGACUUGACGUCUGGGGAGAGAGAGCACCUAGAGCAAGCUGCCGAGUUUCUAGAAGAGCCGGAGUGCAGUCCCAAAGAAAAGGAGAAGAUGGAUUCAUCCCAAGGAGAGGAGGCUGCACGAGCGAAACUGAGUGAGGGAGAAGAUGAGCCAGAAGAAGAUUCGGUCAGCAAUAAAAGCCUGGACCUCAAUUUUGCUAGCAAGUUCAUGGAAUUCAAGCUGGCUGAGAAUGAACAAAACACAGGCAACAGGGCUCAGUCUGAGAAUAAACACACCUGUGAAACAUGUGGGAAAUCCUUCAAAUUUGCUGGUACUCUUAGCCGGCACAAAAAAGCCCACGUACACGAUGACAGGAAAGACGAAAAGAGCAGUGAGGAUGAAAGUAAACCUGUUGAAGGUGCAGACCAAGCCCACGUCCCUGCCAUGCAAGAGGACCCACCUCUUGAACAGGAAGAGCCUGGAAAGGACAUUAAGGGUGUUGAGUCUCCCACAGACGGCGAGGCAACAGGAAGGGAAAAUGAGGAGAGUGAAAGCAUCUCUGAGGGAGAAAGCAUGGAAAGAAAAUCUUCUGAAAAAAGUGAUGAAGACCGGAAGCCAAAGCCUGAUGCGGGCACUAAGAGUGAAUCCAAAGCAGACAAAAGGAAGAAAGUCUGUACAGUGUGCAACAAGAGAUUUUGGUCUCUACAAGAUUUGACACGGCAUAUGAGAUCCCAUACAGGGGAGCGACCGUACAAAUGUCAAACCUGCGAACGGACCUUUACUUUGAAACACAGCCUGGUUCGUCAUCAGCGCAUCCAUCAGAAAGUAAAAAAUGCCAAGAAUCACGAGAAGGACAGCGAUAGGGAGGACACCCGUUCGCGAGGGGAAGAAGACAGCGAGAAUGAGUCUCUCCCCAGCAGCACAAACCCCAUCUCUGAAAACGAGGGCGAUGCCCUGGUGGGGCUUGGAAGCCAUUCUCCGGUGACCAGGAGCCGCAGAGAAAGCCUGGCCAAUGCCACCAAGGAUUAUGCUUGUAAGGAAGAUAAGCCAACUGGGAAAGCCUCUAGUCUAGGCCUCGCUGAGGCAAGCAAGAACAUGCAGAAAUCGACAGCGAAGGAGCCGGAGUCACGAGGAAAAGCCGAUCGUGGAAGCUCCCCUGACUUCAUUCAGGACUUGCUGGAGACCCAGAACAAGAAAUCCUCCAUGAGUCAUAUCCUCGCCUCUGCAGAGAACGCGCCUCAGCUCUUGGAAGUUGAAUGACAGCUAUGGCUUCCGCGGCACCUCUGCAACAUUGAUCCAGGACACAGGAACGAAGUUGUCAGGGCGAUAGCUUUCCUUUGCUGCUGAGUCAACCUGCUAUGGUGACCCAGGAGUGGGCAGUGGGCUGGUGGGAUCGGGGGGGGGGGGAAAGUAUGGCCGUCUGGAUUCAGUGCCAUAAGCCCUUCAGUAUAAAUAAUGCAAGAGACUACAAUUAUAUACUGGUCUGAGUGCCUUACUACUUUAUUAGGUCUUUUGGUAUCGUAGAUAUUUUUUAAAGCAAAUUAGAUGAUUUUUUUUUUAAAAAAAUAUUUUAAUUAUUUGGAGAGGACCUUUUUCAUUUAAGCAUUAAUGUUACUUUUUUUUUUUUUUAAAUCCGGGUGUGUGAGUUUGUUCUUGUAUAUCUGUGAUAGCCGCUUUUGUGUAUUCUCUGAGCUGGAAACAAGGGGGGGGGGUUCAGCGGUGCAAGGAAAGCCCUAAGAAACUGCAGCCAAUAACUGGAAGAAAUUUUAAGAAAUCCCAAGCAGAAGUAGUAGAUAUAAAUGGCUAAUUUGUUUUGGGUUUGUCUUUUCAGACCUUUUCUUUUUUUUUAAAUCACACGAGGGAGAGUUAAAGCAGUUCAACACAUUAACAUUAAUUAAGGUUUUGGAGCUUGGUUCAGGCUAAAAGCAGGAAGCCACAAUUACUGUUAUCUUCAUUAUUUCUUCUAUUUCUUCUCCUCCACUUCACAUGAUCAGUGAUGGCAUUCUAGCUACUGUCAUUUUGUAUAAAACCCUUUCCGACCAUUUGUGGACUUAAGAGAGCAUACAGAAAGGGUGGCAUAGUGACUUAAAAACCUAUGGAAAAUAUGCGCCCACUGUUUAUGUUUAUAUAUGUAUGUGUGUGUAUAUAUACACAUAUAUAUGCAUACAGUUUGUGUGUGUGUAUAUAUAUAUAUAUAUAUAAAUGUUUGAUUUGUGUUUCAAUAUAUUAUUGUUUUAAUAUUUUAUAAAAGUUGUUAGUUUGCUAAUCUCUGCAUUCUGCAGAAACCAAUGGACAAUAUUUGUCCACGGAGAUCUACACCACAGCUUGGAUUGCGUGCUUAGAUAUUUCUGCCUAAUCUCUCACUGACUUUCUUUUGGGGUUUCCCGCUCUUUUAAUAUGUAUUCAUUAAAAACCUCUUAGCAUCAAGUGGAAAACAGCGAAAGCCCCAUUCACGGAUCAAUCCAGGUGGACUUAGAAUAAAUUUACAUGGAGGGAAUAGAAAGAGUGAAUACUAAAGCAGUGAUCUUCUCCCAAUUCCUCUGGGUUCAUACUGAUGAUACAUAAGUAAGAACUGAAUGUCUGAUAAAUGAAUUUAGGAAAACAAGAGUCCUUACUGGAAUUGAAAGUUCAUGCCAGAGAGGGUUGUACCUAUAUCUUCUUUUCCCCACACACCCAAUUGAAUGCAUGUAGUGUAAGUUGCUACUGUGUGUCCACUUCUGUUUCCCAUCCAAUCAUACAGUUGCCUUCAAUUUCUUGUGAGCGAUUGUGUCAAACGAACCCCAGCAGAUAAGGGGGUUCAGUGUGAGCUAAUAAAAGGGAGAGGAGUCAAAUAAAUUAAUGGCAGGCUGGCAUGAAGAGUUGGAAGAAAGCUAUCCAGACUUCAUGUGAAAAGCAGUGCAAAUGCCGUGGCGUAAUUGGGAAUUGCAGUAGUUGCAUUUUUUAAAUUAAUAACUAAGCUGAUGUAGUCUUCCAGAAAUAAUAGAGAAAAGUGAAAACUUUUGAAGCCUUAAGUGAUCUUACUACCUUAAUGUGCUUUAAAGUAAGGAAAUAGUCUACUACUGGCAAUAAAGUUUCCAGAUGGACAAAAGUACUUUUUUCCCCAAGGUUUCUAGAGGCUUUUCCAAAUGUUUAACUCUGUUCUGAGUUGGGAAUGGACUAUACAUUCCUGUUGCUGGCAACAGGACCUAAUGCAAAUCCACCAGCGUUAAGGCUGAUCCACUGACUAGUUAAGCUGGUGUGUUAGGUUGUAAGGUUCAUUUCUUCUUUGAUGUGAGGCCCAUUUAUCUUGACAGGAAAAAAAAUAACUAAUUGCCCUCUCCGUGUAUGUGUGACUUGUGCAUAUGUGUGCAAAUAUGGCUGCAUCGCUACAUUCCUAUAUUUCAAUUUUAAAGAUACAAAUGCAGAAUUGGAUUUGGAAAAGACAGCUGACAAUUUCGCUUGUAGUUCUGUUACUACUAACGUGUGACCCGCACACUAUGUUGUUGCUGUUAUGUUGCUAGUUCUGUAUCCAGUGUGAAAAAAGCUCGUGUUUUAGGAUGACUAUCCUAAUUCUGUACCCUCAUCUUAAAGAUGGAGGAAAUUUACAAUUAUUUUCCAGUUCUACGUGGUUGUGAACCCAGUUCUCAAAGCGAUCUCUUUUUCUCUUCAAGGGCCUUUUGGCAAGAGACAAUAUGUCUCUCUGUGUGACAGAUCCUCUUUUUAUAAGUAACCAGAAACCAUGCAUAGGUGGGAGUCUGCUGAAGUAGUCCUUUGCCUGCGAUCCACAUACUCUGAUUCAGACUGAGUUGUGGGCCAGGAAUGACCAUUCACUUGGAAUACUUGUGGGACAUAUAUAUAUAUAAUAGGGCAAAGGCAUCGUAUUUCUGGGAUCUUUCUGUUAUUCUUUCACAUUGAACCUCUUUUGUUCAUAUUAUUUUUUUUCCUGCCCUCUUAAUUUAAAAUUGUUAAUCCAGGGUGGAAAAAAAACAGUGGAGUUCCAGAUUGACUGGCUUAUAAACACCCAAGCAUUCUUAACCAGUGGCUGUUGUAACUUGGAAUAUUAAUUUAAUUUGGAAAACCAAAUUUGGUCCACCUUGUCCUAAAGUGAUACUCUGUGCAAAUAGCAUUGAAAGCAAAUUAGAAACAAGUUGAUGUUACAUAGAAAUAAAGUAAUAUGUAGAUCCUGAAUUCUCGGUCAAAAUUGGGAGUAUUAUACCAACCUAUUUCAUAUUUAUUAUUUUUUAGAGAUUCAACUCAGAUUGCAGAGGAAGAGCAAGGAGAUCAUUUUGGGGCGAUAGUAUUUCAUAGAGAAUGUGAAGCACAGAUUUCAUUGUAUAAAACAGUUCUGAAACCAAUCCUCUGGAUUAUUAAAAAUAAAUACCAAUGGUUUCUUUCAGAAUAUAAAAUCAUUUGCUAAAUGAUGCUUUCCAUCAAAGUCAAUUUCAGCAUCCCUUAAUAUAAAUUGCUAUUAUAUUAUUAUUAUUAUUAUAAUUAUUAUUGUUAUUUGGGAAUAUUUUGUUAUUAAUUUGAGGGUUUUUUUUUGCAGCUCUCCACACUAAACUGCGCAAUAUUGUGGGGGAGAAGCCAUUAAUUAAAUCAGGAGUGUCAGAACUGCCCUCAGACUGAAUGGGUCAUUCUGCAGACCUGUUUAAUCUCUUGACCUUUGUUUGGGGAGGGUGUGAGUCUGACAGAUCUGAACAAAACUUUAUGCUGCAGAAAUAAUGUAGCAAAUAAUAUCCCAGCACCCUGCCGGGACAUCUGCUAGCAAUAAUCACUAUUGAUUUAAAGCUUUAUUUAGUCUUUAUGUAUAUCGUAGUAUAUAAAAUCUUGCCACAUUUUAUUGGUGUUUUUAUUAGUUGCAUUUGAUGGAAGAAGAAAAAAAUGUGUUCCCUUUUGUUGUUUCCCCUCCUCACAUUCACAAUCCCCCCUUAUAUUAAAACUGUGAACUUUAUAAUGUGUUUAAACAAUGGGUGAAUCUUAGGCUUAGUUUGCAUGUUGAGCUAGUUCAUUUCUCUGCAUCUUCCUGAUUUUUUUUUCCUUCUCCCUCCCCUUUCCUCUCUCAGGGCUUUUUAAAAAUCUGAAAAUCUCUUGUUGGACUUGUAAAGGAGCUAAUGGUGAAAAUUCAAUCACUACAAUAAGCACUUGACUGUGAAAGUAUAAAAAGAACCAAGAAUAAAAAUAGACCUAACAUGUGCAGCAAUAACAGCACUACUGAUGUAGAGCUAGCUCUCUUGAUGGUUUAAUUCCAGCUUCCCAAAUGAUUUUAGUAGUCGUUUUCUUUCUACAACCUGAUCCUCAGUUUUUCCAUCAACGCCAUAGACUCUGUCGGGAGUACCUUGCGUGUUGCUGUCUGCUGUGUUGGUCGGACGGUUGAAUUGUGAAAUAAUUGAGAGUAGAGCCGACACUGCCUUAAAUCCUCUGGUUUCUCAAAGCCAAAAAAGAUCCAGAAAGGAAGUAAGGGCAAUGAGCUUGCAUGAAGUAAUAAAUCCCUUACCUCUGUGUCCUUCAGCUCAAGGUGACACUAUCAUGGUUUUGAGGAGGUAACUUAUCCAUUGAGGAUUCUCCCUUCUGGUUAAUCAAGUUUGGUUAGUAUUGAUGGGGUGGGGUGGGGGGGAGUAUGUCUCUCUCUUCCCCAUUCUCUCUUCACUUAAGAUGGAUGUUUUAAUUCUAAAAGUGUUCAGCCCGUGCAAGAAGAUAAUUAGUGUGUACAAUUUAUAUAUAGAAAUAUAGAUAUAUAUAUAUUUUCGAAAGGGAACGUUUAAAAACUGCUGCUACAAGUUGUGUACAAGACUGAUUUAUGCCACAUGAACAGAGAAUCACACUAUUUCUUUGGGUACUUCUAUUCUUCUCAUUCAGUUGUAUGUUACUUCCAGAUUCAAAGUGAUGAAAAUAAUGCUGUUCUGUAUCAAACGAUCUACGCAAUAAAAGGUUAUAUUUAAAAAGAAAA